CGCGUCGCACGACGAGUACUUGGGUCGGGAAAUUUGGGAACCGUGAAAUAAAUUUCGUUUCACGAUUGCAUCAGGAUCUCGUGUACUUAACGAUAUGUAAAAAUUUAAAUAUGAUACACGCGGAGCUAUCGAUAGCAAGGUAUCGAUGAGGAGCGGAGGAGCAUCGAUAAGUUUCAAUAACGACAGUCGAUAGCGUUGUCGAUGAUUCGGAAGGACUGUAUAUCCGGUCCGUAUACGUAUAGUGUGUUUCACGAAACCGUGUGUGUUUGCCCCGUGCCGUGCGUGACCUCUCGACUUAAUCUCACGUCUGUCAAAACGGUCACGAUUAUCCGGAAGAUGUGAGACAGGCACUGGCAGGAGGGUCGCGUAACGCAUGCUGCACACACGCAUGAUGCCCUGACGUUGAAACACGUAGCACCGGCCGCCGAUGCUCCGAUCUGAUCGCGAUAACGAACGAGGAAACAUUCAACGGGAAAAAGGUCUUGGACGGUGUACGCAGCAAUGGCUACGACCGAGGGUGUCUCGACAGAGGAGCUCAGGACCGAGAUCGAAAGGCUGUCGCGGGAGCUGGAUCUAGCUUCGACGGAGCGAGUGCAGUCGGCUCAAUAUGGUCUCGCUCUGCUCGAGGACAAGUCCGCCCUGGAACAGAGGUGCAAAGACCUCGAGGCCCUCUACGAAAACACGAAACACGAGUUGGAGAUCACCCAGGAGGCUCUAGCAAAGUUCCAAACGACCACGAAAUUGACUACGAAGAGUGGUAUAGAACAGGAGGAGACUCUGCUCAGCGAGAGCGCUGCGAGGGAGACGUCUCUCCAGACACAGAUCACCGAUCUGGAAACUGAGACGAAACAGCUGCGUCAUGAAUUGGAACGGGUGCAAGCGGAGCGCGAUCACGCGUUGCAGGAACGGGAGGAGGUCGGGAAGGAUCAUCAGCAAGCGGAGACGGAGAGGAGAUCGUUGCGCACCAUGCUCAAAGAGUGCAGAUUUCGGGAGGCCCGGCUCAUGCAGGAUUACUCGGAGCUGGAGGACGAGAACAUCUCGUUACAGAAACAAGUGUCCAGCUUGCGAUCCAGCCAAGUGGAGUUCGAAGGUGCCAAACAUGAAAUAAGAAGAUUGACCGAGAACGUGGAACUGUUGAACAGUCACGUCGAAGAACUGAUGAACUUGAAGAGAAUCGCGGAGAAGCAGAUGGAGGAAGCGCUCGACUCUCUUCAAGCGGAGCGCGAAGCGAAAUACGCUUUGAAGAAAGAGUUGGAUCAAAGGAUCAACAGCGAGUCGAUUUAUAAUCUUAGCAAUCUCGCGUUGUCGAUCAGAGGCAUUACCGACGAUCAAACGAUAUGCAGCGACGGAGAGGACGAUUCUCCCGCGUUGAGGAGAAUCGAGGCGGACCUGAAGACGCAAGAAGCAGGAACCUCUGCGACGGACAAACAGGUCGACCUCUUCUCCGAGAUUCAUUUGAACGAGCUGAAGAAACUUGAAAAGCAGUUGGAAUUGGCGGAAUCGGAGAAAGUGCACCUUACGCAAAAUUUGCGGGAAUCGCAGUACGCGGUCGAGAAGAGCCAAAACGAACUGCAGUCUUUCGUCACGCGUAUCGUGCAGUUAGCGGCUCAUGUGCAGUCGCUGCACCACCUUCAUUCCAAGUUGCCGGACAAACAGAACGAGGAAACGACGUUGGACAAGUUGAAUCAGGCAAUCGUGCAGUAUCAUCAAUGGAGCACUAUGUCUGCGCGCGAAGUGAAUCAACUUCAAAAGGAUUUAGCCGAGCUAGAAAACGGCUUGGCCAUUUCCGAUUCCACGCAACAAUUACGUACAGAGAUAACGAAUCUUAAGAUCAAGAUACCCGAACAGUCAGAGAAGAGCCUUCGAGAAAAGCUCUUAGAUACGGAGCAGCGAAACAUGCAGCUGGAAUCGGACAUCUCGACGCUCUCGAAACUGGCCGUGGACGCCGGUACCUUCCUCGAUUCCGCUCAGAUCGACCUCCAGAACGUUUCCGACGAGCUAGCUCAAUUGUAUCAUCACGUUUGCACCGUGAACGGGGAGACGCCGACGCGGGUGGUGCUCGAUCACGAGAAGAUCGUUCCUGAAAAGAAGGACGAGAACGGUGAGAAGAUCGAAUGGUGCAGCACGGUGGUCAAGACGGACAUACAAAUCAAGAACUUCGAGAACUUAGGCAAGACGUACGAAGUGGCAAAACAUAUUGAGACAGCGAUGGAUCAGAUAAAACAUUUGCGAAGCGCUGUAGAGCACACGAUCGAACUGGCCAAAGUCAAAGGAAUACAGUCGAACGUCUGCAACGUUUGCGAGGGUUCGGUGAACGAGAAUAAGGCCGAGGUCGCCGACCUGCAGGGGCAGGUGAUCAGAUUGAAAGCCUUGUUAUCGGCGAAGAACGAACAAGUCGUGACUCUGAGGACGGUCCUCAAAUCGAACAAGAAUACCGCGGAAGUGGCACUGACGAAUUUGAAAGGCAAAUACGAGAACGAGAAGAGUAUCGUUAACGAGACUAUGCUGAAGCUGAGGAACGAGCUGAGAAUGUUGAAGGAGAACGCGGCGACGUUCUCGAGUCUGCGCGCGAUAUUCGCCGCGCGCUGCGAAGAAUACGUGACGCAGGUUGACGACCUGCAGCGUCAACUGGCCGUCGCCGAGGAGGACCGGAAGACGUUGAACUCGCUUCUGAGACUCGCCGUGCAGCAGAAACUCGUCCUCACCAUGAAACUGGAGGAGCUCGAGGUGGACUUGGAGUUGAGAAACACGCGAAGACACGCCGCCAACGCGAACGGACGAGGUAGAUUGCGAAUGUCGCAACAGACGAACCGUCCUCAUUUAAGCAGAGAUUUCUUCUAGAAAAUAAUGAAGAUGUGGAGCAGGCUGUUCUGAGAGGAACGAGGAUUUUGAACUUUUCAAUUUUUCUACUGCUCAUCGUCGAAUCGUACUCGCGUCGUAGAAAAGUUUAUCAUUAACUCUUAUUAGUGGUGGUAGGAUGAACGGGCGUCGUCGUCAUACUCUCGUCUUCACAGAGUAAUGAAACGUUCUUGUACUACGUAAACGUGGGACUCGUCUGGAAAACUCGGCACCCGGUGUGGAUCAUGCGAAGCAUAGCUCGUGAAUUCGAGACGAUCAAGCUGUAUUUGUCAGACGUUUUAAACUUAGAGGAGAUUAAUCAAAUAACAGUACAUUACGAAGAGAAUAUUAACAAUUACUAACAGAAUCGUAGCGUGUGCAUGAUCGAUUGUUAACUUUCAACGUUUAACAUCGCAACUAACUACUAACGAAAACGUAUGAUUAAUUUUUUUAAAUAACGAAGCGUCGUACGUGAUUCACACCGGUUCGAUGUACGUUACGAGGGACGUAGAGCAGGACGGUUCGCGAAGCUUUGAAACGUUCAAACAUUUUCUUGUAUCCACGUUGCUCCAUGUCGUAGCAAUUUAUAUAGGAAACUCUGUCUUCUGUUACCAAUAUUGUUAGUAGAAAGACGUCCGAGCAACCAGAGAAUGGCAUUUGCAAGUAUAAUUUUACUUAGAUACGCAAGAAACCGUUGAUUAACAUUCUGUGCUCGAAGAAUUUAUCAGCACGUUCAUCGGUAUAAGAUCGUUUUUGAUCGAUCAUCCACUCUCUCAAGAGAGAUGAUUUUUUUUUAAUCGAGUGUUGAUUUCUACGUUCGAGCCAACGUAUGUACGCAAUUUUCUUUUAGUAGCUGUUGGUAGAUAGAGACGUGAGACGUUUUCAUACGUUUUUAUUUCCCCGUAUGAUAUUCGAGUAUUACAGCGCAGCUGUGUAGCAGCAGCUAAAUUCGCACGGAUACGUUUUUACGUAAGUAACGAUCUUCUUUUUUAUUAAUCGAAAUGCAUGAUGAUAAGGUUCGGGUAGGCAAACGAAUGGGAAAUUCGAGAUGAAGUUUUCGUUACAUAGAGACAAUAUUAUCGUCGCGACGAAUAGCGUUUAUAAUCAAAGUAGAACGGAAACGAUACAGCAAAAGUAGAUGUGCGUAGAGUCGAGAAAUCAGCGUAGUAGAAUAACUGAAUUAGAGGCCCAGACUCUCCGUGUAGACUUUUAGCUCGACGCCACCGUUCUGUCGCCCACGCGGGAUAUUUUACUUCUGUUCCGUUCCGUAUAUUCCUCGCCCGAUGAUUUUUCAGAACCGGCAUUUGAACGUACGACAGUCGUUUGCGUGUAUCGUUUUUUUAAAGUUUCAAAGAAAGAUCGUUUAUAGUAUUUUACAGAGCCAGGCCUAAAUGGGCGACCAAUCAAUUUCGUUCGGCAGCUCAUCGUAUUUUUAUUAUACGUGGAAUUGUGGUCGUUGAUGCCGUUUUAACGCAUUCAACUCGUUUACAGAUUUAUUUAACGUAGUUUUAAUUGUUGUUAAUUUAUGUCCACUCGCCUGUUGACGAUUUUGAUCGGGAUUAAGAUUAAAAGCUGUGCUUUCCGAUAUCGAUCGAUGCGAGAUGAUCGCCUCUGUUUCGCUUUAUUUACAACUUGGAACUGCUAUUGAUAAAAUAACAGAUGAAUAACACAAGCUACAAUUUUGAAAGAUCCUUUGUUUUUACUCUACGUACACAGGCACGUGCAUUAUACAAAUCUGUUGAAUUGUACAUUUGUUACCGUAUCGUAAAAUUGCUUACGUUGUAGCUCUCGGUAUAGAAUAUUCCUUUCCCUUGGUUUCGUCCGUUCUGCGAGAGCAGAACGUCGCGGGCGCGACGAACAAAGAGGAGAGACAGAAAGAAAGAAAUACGAUAGCAUUACGAUUUAUAGAUGAACGAGAAUGUUUCGUUAUACAGAGAUCAGUUGGAAUAAUCAAUUUAUUAUUAUCAUUAAUCGUAAUUACGAUAGUAUAUUUAAUUAUUGCGAUAUUGCCUGUCAGUUUCGUCGCGGAAACUAGAGUAGGCGAGUACCUAAAAGAAAAUUUAUUGAUUGUUCACUGACUAAUCGAUCAGUUGAUCAGUUGUAUUGUCAUAUUUAUACCGUAUAUAGUUAUCGUGUCCGCCUGUGUCUACGCGUCUCUAGUCGAGAUUUACUGUUUUAUCCGAAAAAUCGAUACGAAAGGUUUUUCCUUUUUUCUGUUUUAUUGCGACGCGGUUCCGCAGUUGGCGAUUCGUCAGUUCUAAGAUACGUCGGAGAAGGUCGAAGGAUCUUAUCUGCCGUGAAAUUUAUUUCGGCCAUACGGAACUGUUUCAUUGAAUGGAAGAGCUCGUGCGAUAGACACAGGCGGAUUCUGAUUUAUGUCCAUAAACCGAGCCAGCCCGAAGUCACCACCGUCCCUUCCCCUCCUUCCCUCCGCGCGCGCCGCCAGGAACAAAAACGGGCCGAAAGAAAACCUUCUUUCCUUUCUCGAUUUAUUCUCUUACCACCAUUAAUCACUAUUCUACUUACAUAUAUUCUCCUUCGUCCUUACGGGAAAAGAAAUUCGUCCUCGAUUUUUCGUCUAGCCGUCCGUAUUGUCCAACGGCGACCCGGAGUCGUUCGUAACGCAGAUGAAUAGUAAUCGAAUUUACGCCAGAUCGAUGCUCGCCUCGCUUCCGGCAUCCAGUUUCUUCGAUUCUGUGGCCUUCUGCGAUAGAACAGUUUCUAUGACCGUCGAAUUGUUCGAGCGGGUACAAGCUUUAAUUCCGCGUGUAUCUUCGAGAUGCCUCGACUUCUUGAACAUUGAUAUGUUGCCACCGGUCGCAGCGCAGCCACAGAAUCGAAUCGAUUGAUCGGGCAGGACGACGAAACAUUUGCACGACUCCGGUCGCUCGUGCAAAGUCGUUAAACGACUUUUGCCAAAUGUAUUCUGUCCUUUCGGGGGAUCAUACUGUCCUUCAUACACUACUUUACGUCCUUCGCAAAGUUCCUUCGCGUUACAUUCGUACGUGUAUUGGCAAAAGCUCUUCGUCAGGCGCCAAAUCAGAAGAGUUGAAAUUAGAAAGAGGAAGAGCGCGGUGUGCGUCUACACGAAUCUCGUUACAGAUUUUUAACGUUCUUUCGUCCGCAAAAAGUGUUUCACCUUUUCUCUAUCUUCGGCGUCGAGAGCCGUUCAGAGAGCUCGGCUUCGUUCGACAAUAACUGUGUUAAACGAUCGUACCAGCCAGAUCUGGCAAAACCUUCUGUCUAUCCUUUAUCGAGCUUAUACGGUUAAGAGGAAGAGAGAGAGAGAGAGAGAGAGACCUGUCGGCGAUCUAACGACGCGUGCGAAAGAGAGAGAGACCGUUAUAUUUUUACAAAGUUGGAGGUAAAUAGAUCUAAAGGCGAAUUCAGACCUCGUUACUUUGGGCCCCUGCAUCUCGAACGAUUCGUCCGAUCGAUUCAUCGAGAGAGGUAGACGCUACUUCGUUCGGUGGUCGCUUCGGAAUGGAACGCAGAUGAAAACGUCUUUACACCUUUCACUGCGGGAGGAAUCAUUCAAGCUGUACGCUCAAAUCGAACGGUCCGAAUUCACGGUUUAGCCUGCAGGCGUGGAUGAAGUCGAGAAGUGAAAGAGUCCGAUGAAAGGAUUAUUAAAGAACAAUAAACGUGAGAGUCUGCCUGGCAGGCAGAUUUGCUCAAGGCUUCCAAAAGGCUCCAAUUGCGUCCCAAUUCCGGCCCGAUUUCCUGGCGGCGAUGCCUGCGCGUUCGUUCGAACUUAGAACGUAGGAAAACGCAAAACAAACGAAAUACGAGUUAAAAGAGACGAAUAGAGACGGAGCCGAUUAACGAAGACUAUAAUUGUAAACGGAGUAAGUUAAGCGACGAAACCGCUGAAAUUAUGGUUGACUCGAGGGUCUUGGAACGAGUACGACGCACGUGUCCUCUUCUUCGACGAGGUAUUUCUUGCUAACCUAACAGGGUCCACAUUUGUCAUAGCCGGGGGUGAUCCUUUUUUUACCAUUUGCUACCAUUUCGCGUGUGACGUCCGUCGCCGUCGUCCGUACAUUUUCGGUUUACGUUACGAUCGAUCGAACCGUCCCGGUGCCCGAUAACGAUAAAAACGUACGAUACGACUUUAAUCAAAUCGUUAGUCUAGAGAAUAAAACUGUAACAAUUAUAUCUUCUAGAAAUGUAGACGGUAUAAACUUACGUAGGCAUGUACUUUUACACGUAGACGAUCACGAUUUAUAGGUAGGGGUAAAAGUUUCAUUAAUUUUGCUACGUCUUCGUGUAGAACAUUUAUAUAGACUAUGUAGACUUUUGUAGAUGUUCGUAACUCUUCCGGUGGCAUCGCGACGGUUCGUUGCAAUUAUCAGUAGAGAUCGAGGAGAGGGGCCACUUUCUAUUCUAUCAAAAUUUUUUUACCGAUUGAACGUUAUAAAUUAUCGUUUACGUCUCGAUUGCCCGUCUCUCUGGCUUCGUCGACGGACAUUCAGCCAAGUUACGGAGAAACAGGACAGUUUAGAAUACUUUACACAGUUUAGAAUACACACAAUCGUGCUCGAGCAUGGACCCGUUGUAAAUAGUGUAAAUGUAAAUGCACAUUUUUAGUAUAAAAACGUCGUUAUUACGCGCGGCGUGAGAGAGGAAAUGUUUCGGUACGGUUCGGCUCAAAAGUUGCUCACGCACCGUUUCGCAUCGUUCUUUCGACUAAGUGUAAAUGUAUUAUAAUUAGGUAGAGUUACGUCGCAACGUUCUACGAAGUGUUCAAUUAAUUUUAUUCGUUGAUCGCUGACGAACGUGCUUCGGACUUUUGAGCGGGGCCGUCCGCAAAGAGUCGAAGGGUGAAAAUAAACGAGGUCGUAAGCAGCAAUUCGGGAAGAGAAAUUCGACGUUUGAUAUCAAUGAACAAGGAUAGAAUUAUUAGCGAUUUAUACGAUUUUCGACGGUUCUUGGUAAACGACGUAGCCGCUCGUUCUAGCGUCCUCGAAAUUUGUUUCAACGCUUUCAGCUUUAUUUAUUCUCAUCCCUCGAACAUUCUGACCGAUUUGUAUCUCCGAUUCGUACAUACAUAUAUAUUUUCUCUGUAGACGUAUAAUCCGACUCAACGUUUGAAUGUAACGCGUCAUAAUGUAACCGUAGAACCAAUUCCAGAUCGAAAAUUUGUAGCGAAAUCCUCGUAUUUUUUUCCUCCCACUACGUUUAUUGUAUUCUUAACGCGAAGACUGUUGGACAUAAAGAAUAGUAUGAUCCACUCUUCGGAACGAAUUGAAAUUUUUCAGGGGCAGGGAGAAUUAAUAGAUUUUAUCAGUUCCUCGGACAUCGACCUGGGAUUUUCACGCGAAUCAGAACGCUCGCAGUGUCGAACGCACUGCUGACUGCUGAUUUUCAGUACUUUUUAACGAAUGGGGUAAAAUUUCUCGAGAUUCUGUCCAGUGGCUCAUACCAUGCUACAGCCGAGUCGUUUAAUCGUGUUAAUUACGCACCGACAGUAUAGAUAUUUAAGUAGAUGUUCACGCGACACUUAUUUACCGGGAGAGGAGCAACUAAGCAGCAGUACGUUGUUACUUCGGGGCCACGUACGUGGUAUCCGGUGUUAACCAACUACGAGACCGGGACAUUACCCGCGUUAGAGAUUCAUUUUGUAACAUAAAGUGAAAUAUAAUCAUUUGUAACAGGA